AACCUUGUUUACAAAUUUUAUUUCAUUAAUUUCAUUCAAUUUGCUCCUAAAGUUUUAUGUGAAAAACUCAAGAAAAUAAUGCAGAAUAAAAGUGAAAUUUGUAGAUUAUGUACAAGACUUGAUUCCAAUUCAAUUUCUUUGCUGAGCGAAAAAAAAUAUUGGGGUUUUACGUUGUGUGAGAAGCUGAAAGAAAUCACCCAAAUAGAGAUUUCAGCUAACGAUAGAUUUCCUACAACUGUAUGUCCUCUCUGUGUGUGGAAUAUAAAUUUAGCAUUCAAAUUUGUGACUGAUUGCAAGAGAUCUCAGAAAUGGUUCAAGGAGAGUUUGUCCGAAAAGGAGGAGGAUAUUGGGGAUAUGGAUUCUUUUCCGAGGGCUGCAAAUAUUCCUGAGAUAACUAUGGAUUCUCAGGAGAUUAUUCAGUCUUCCAAGGAGGAGACAUUGCCAGGAAAUUCAAAGGAGAACAAGAUUGAAUUCGGAAAUUCAGAAAAAGUGAAUGAAUUUUCAGAAGAUGGAAUCCCUUCCCCAAUGUCAAUUCACAGUUUUGGAUCAGACAAUGCUGAAGCUCCAGAUAUUCCUUUAGAGGUGGCUCCUGUGGCAAAAAAGAAGGGACCAAAAAGGAGGAAGCGGGUUCCAAACGGAGAAUAUGUUUGCGAGCCAUGUGGAAAGGUUUUCGGUUGGAAAUUUAUGCUUAGGGAUCACAUUUUAGUACACUUCAAUAAGGCAAAGCCAUUAAAGUGCAAAUACUGCCCAAAGAAAUAUAUUAAGAAAAAUAUUCUGGCAAAUCACGUAAAGCUCAGUCAUGAAGGGGAAAAGAGGCAUAUCUGUGAGAUUUGUGGCAAAGAUUUUAGGGCAUUCGUUAAUUUGAAAAACCACUAUCUGGUGCACACGGGUGAAAAACCAUUUCAAUGUUCCAUUUGUUCACGCAGAUUUUCCAGAAUAAGCAAUAUGCGAACUCAUGAGAAAACUCACACUGUUAGACAAAGGUGCAUUUGUCACAUUUGUGGCAAGAGCUAUGCUUCCAAAAAUUGUCUCCAAGAACAUCAAUUGAUCCACAAAGGGAUCAGGAAACACGAAUGCGAUGUGUGCAAAAAGAGAUUCCUCACAAAAGCCGGCCUCAUUGAUCACAGUCGUACUCAUACGGGAGAACAGCCCUGGAACUGUCCGUAUUGCAGUCGAACUUUUGCUCAACGGAAUUCCAUGAGAUCCCAUAUCAAAACCCAUCCGGAAGCUACGACUUUCCCCUGCACAAUAUGCAAUAAAAAGUACCUGCGACAAGAUGUACUAGAAAUGCACCUUCAGACACAUAAUCCUGUGAGUCAAUCGGAAUUCAUCGGACAAGAGCAAACAGGUAACUUAAGCUUCAGGAUGGGAAUGGGAACUAUAACGAAUGGGAAUGGGAACGAUGGGACUAUAAGUAUCAUGUCCUAUGCGCAUUGGAAUCAAUUGGCAACCCUGUCUGUAUAUUGUUUUUGUUUACAUCAGUGCUUCAGCAAUUGCUUCCCUGAAAUUUGUCCUAAUAUCUUCCUAAAUAUAAUGCAAAAUCCAAGUGGAAUUUGUAGAUUAUGUAGACAGUGUAAUCGUAAUUCUGUUUCUCUGUUGGUUAAAGAAAUAUCAUCAGAACUUUCUCUGUGUGAAAAGCUCAAAGAAAUCAGUCAGAUUGAGAUUAAUCCAAAUGAUGGACUUCCAACUGCGGCGUGCUCUCUAUGUGUGUGGAAUCUGAAUGCUGCCUUUAAGUUUGUGUCUGAAUGCAAAAUAUCUCAGGAAUGGUUCAAGAAGACUUUGGAAGAGAAUGACACAAAGGACUUUGUAUCUCUGGCCUGUGUGAGUUCUAUGCCAAGUGGCUCAGUUCUGGAGAGCUGUAAGAAUGAGGAAUCGAAGGAGGAUGUAAGUGAGAUAUUGAGUCAAGUGACUGUCAAGAUAGAAACGAUAGAUUCCUGUCCGGAUGCUGCAUCAUCUCCACAUUCAGUUAAUAGCGUGAAAUUUGAGGAUGACCAGGAUGUAGGGAAUCCUCUUGAAACUACUCCUGAAAUUAUUGAAGAAAAUCCAAAAAGUCCCCGGAGAAAACGGGCAAAGAAAGGGGAAGGAAAGCAUGCAAAAGAGGGUGGCAAAAUUGUCCGGAAAAGGAGGAGAAAGCCCAGAGAUGUGAAACCACGUAUUGGCCUGAUCUGUGAGGCUUGUGGGAAGGUUUUCAAGAAUAAAGGCUCCCUUCAGACUCACGUUUAUGUCCAUACAAAGAGUAAACCGUUCAAAUGUAGCGCCUGUGAUCGGCAAUUUUGUGUGGAGACUAAUCUCCGGGAGCAUAUGGAUAUAGUUCAUAUGGGUAUCAAGAAAUACAUUUGUGAAGCCUGUGGACGCAAUUUUAUGUCUGCCCAGAACUUGAAGAGUCACCGAAUGCUUCAUUCAGGCGAGAAGCCCUAUCAAUGCAGCAUAUGCCCGAGGCGUUUUGUUAGUCGCAGCAAUUGCAAGACACACGAACUCAAUCAUGCAAAAAUCCGCUUCCGAUGUGAUAUCUGUGACAAGACCUAUGCAUCGAAAAAUGUCCUAACAGCUCAUCGACAGAUUCACAGUGGCAUCAGGAGAUUCCAGUGCGAUGUUUGUGAGAAGAAAUUCCUCACAAAAGCCGGCCUCAAUGAUCACAGUCGUACUCAUACGGGAGAACAGCCCUGGAACUGUCCGUAUUGCAGUCGAACUUUUGCCCAACGAAAUUCCAUGAGAUCCCACAUUAAAACCCAUCCGGAAGCACAAACAUUUCCAUGUACCAUCUGCAAGAAGAAGUAUUUGCGAGAGGAUAUCCUCGAAGCACAUCUCAAGACUCAUGAAGAAAUGAAGUAGAAUCUGAGUAAUUAAAUGGAUUUAUUGGAACUGGA